AUGGGUCACUCGCACGGUUUGAGACGCGGCACUCGGUAUGCCUUCAGCCGCAACUUCAAGGAGCACGGUAGCAUCCGUCUGUCGACCUACCUGAAGACCUACCGGGUCGGUGACAUCGUCGAUGUCCACGUCAACGGUGCCGUCCAGAAGGGUAUGCCCCACAAGGUCUACAACGGCAAGACCGGUGUCGUCUACAACGUGACCAAGUCGUCCGUCGGCGUCAUCCUGUACAAGAUCGUCCGCAACCGCUACCUCGAGAAGCGCAUCAACGUCCGCCUCGAGCACGUCAAGCACUCCCGCUCCCGCGAGGACUUCAUCCGCCGUGUCCGUGAGAACGCCGAGAAGAAGAAGCAGGCCAAGGAGCAGGGCAUCCACCUGCACUUGAAGCGCCAGCCCGGUCAGCCCCGUGAGGCCCACACUGUCCAGGGUCUGUCCGCCGAGACCAUCACUCCCGUCCCUUACGACACCCACAUCUAAACGAAACGGUUCGGUUGCUGCGGUUGUUCGGUGUUUCUGGGUUUCUCCAUCUAUGGGUGGAUUUUCAUUGAGACGAAGCGAAAAAAUGGGUUGUCGGAUGUACUAGCACAUCUCAAGCCUGUGCAUAGAUUCCCCUGGAAUGAAACAAAAAACAAAAAAAUCUUCCACUUCCUCUUUCCAUCGACGAUGGCUCGAGGUGUUGACCAGGCCGUUGAAUCCCUACAUUGAUGUAUGUCAGGGAUGGACCUUGGACUCUGGCCCUCUGAGUAUGGAAGCGUUUUUCCAACGCUGAAACCUCAGGGUACCCUUGACCAUCGGUGUUUGAUUUGCCACCAAGCGUUACUUGGUUUACCUGUAGAUGUAGAAAUCGUGAAUGGACCCGAACAAGUGAU